AUGCACACCACUCUACUUGACCCAGGCAGUCAGGUGGACCUUAACUCGCGGGUUGAUCAACUCACACAGAAGGUCGAUGAUCAAAACAACCUGAUUGGCCAGCUACUCAGGCAGAUCAACUUGAAUCAAGGCCCCAAUCUUGGACCCCGUGACGAGGAGAGGAGGGCACACGAGCAUGCUGGCGAGCAGUUCGAGAGGUCCCAGGCUAGUCAGACAAGGGCAAACCGGCAGGGGAGAGAGCGAGAUCGUGCAGACGAGACGCAGACAGCUGGGAGCCGUACUCUGAGCCGUUCGAGGUUAGGACCCAGGACCAAUGUGCUCGAGAGGCUAGGCCCACAAUCCAAUGUUCGUGCUCGCUUAGGUCCACAAGGACCUCGAGUUCGUGAGCAGUCGCGGUGA